CACUGAUCUUUUCAACUUAGUUCGGACAUGCAAAUUAGGCAAGAUGAAUACUGACACAGUAGAACUAGCGCGGGUUUAUGAUUUAAUAAGUUCCGUUUAUUUGCAGAACCGAUUUCGUGAUGAAGCUCUGAAAUGGAUCGAUUUCGAUGAAAACGACGACAUGCUCGAUGUCGGAUGUGGUCCAGGAAGGUUGUGUAAAAUGUUGUCUCCUCUCGUAAAGUCGGUUACUGGCUUGGAUAUCUCUCACGGAUUGGUAAAAUUCGCUAGAAUUGAAAACUCAGGGCCAAAUAUACGAUUCUUUCAAGAAGACGCUCAGACGUUUGGUUCUCAUCUCAACAACUGGCGGGAAAGGUUCAACAAAAUUCUGAGCAUGUUAGCUCUGCAUUGGUGCUUUGACAAGAAGAGUGUCUUGAAGAAUAUCUACCAGUGUCUUAAACCAGGAGGUACAUUCCUCCUUGGUUUCGGUACACAGUGCCAACUCUAUUCGGAGUGGAGUUCCUACGGUGAAACUUGUGAUGUGUGGAUUCGGCAACAUACAAAAUGGGGGCGAUAUCUACAGAAUUACGACUUCGAGACCUUUGCAACAAGAAGUACGGAGAGCUUUCUAGACCUUAUGAGAUCAGUUGGUUUCAUCCUUAAACAUUCAGAGGUGAAACAAUCCCCUUGGGUUGAAUGGAAGGAAUGUGACAUCAAAAAACAAAUACGUUGCUUGUUUUACCCGAUAAAGUACAUCCCUGUGGAACACCAAGAAGAAUUCGUCGAUGACGUCUACAAGUGGUUGUUUGACAUCACACCUAAGAGAUCUGGUAAUGUUUUCCAAAGUGAACUGGGAAGGGCUGAAAUUAUGACCAUUUUGGCUACCAAAGAAUGACAUUCGUCAGGUUGGUGACCCGAUGUAAACGAAUGAAGCCCUCGGUUUU